AUAGACGAGGAGCAUGAGAUAUACACUAAACAAAUAAGCCCACGCGCUACUCGCUUUCUAUUCACCAAACUUAUUUUCUUUCAUACACAAAUUAAGCAAGCGAUGUUAUCAUCUGAGCCUGACUCGACUCCAUUUAAAUUUCUAUGGUUUUAGUAAUUCUUUAAAUCCCCUUUCCCAACAAACAAUCAUAUAUGUGCAGAACAAAAAUGGCUGUAAAUGCAUCUGAACCUCCUAAAUUAACAAGAAGAACAAGGAGUUCCUCAUCAUCUACAACACCACAAACCACCACCACCACACAACCAAUUCCAAUGGCAACCACAUCAUCAUCAUCAUCAUCAACAAGCAAUAUCACAACCACUAGCCACAGUUCCGCCACCGUAACCGUCAGCGCUACCAACUCCGGCUCAGGUUACAGACUCAAUGACUCAACAGCCACCGCAGACGCAUCAUUUUCCACCAGAGCUUCACUCCACAGUCUCCGCAAUUCCUUACCUGAAAACACACACAUCUACGAUUUCGCCGAAAUCCGCUCCGCAACUAACAAUUUCCUAACCAAACGCUUUUCAUCGGCUUCUUCUUCGGCGUCGCCGUCGUGGCGGUGUACUCUUCGCGGCAAAGAAGUUUUGUUGUUUCAGAGGAAGCUUCGCCGUCCGAUACUUGAUUCCGAAUUACGUGAGAAGUUAUCGGUGAUAUAUAAAAGUCAUCAUAUAAAUAUAAUCAAGCUUCUAGGAGCUUCGAUUUCAGGUGAUUAUAUUUACUUAGCCUAUGAUUUUACUGCCGGUGCUAAUUUAACUGAUUGUUUACGUAACAAACGGAAUCCGAAUUUCACGGUAUUGUCCACGUGGAUGUCACGGAUACAGAUCGCAACUGAUCUGGCUUCAGGAUUAGACUACAUACAUAAUAAUGCUGGUUUGAAUACUAAUCUAGUUCAUAAGUAUGUUAAAUCCAGUAGCGUUAUUGUUACAGAACCGUCUUUUAAUGCUAAGAUUUGUCAUUUUGGUACCGCCGAGUUGUGCGGUGAGACGGUUGUGAAGGCGGCUAAAUCUGUGAAGAAAGUGGAGGAAAAUAACACUGAGAUUGUUGAAACUGUGUCACCUGUUGCUAAAUUGGUGAGAUCUGAUAGUAGAGGGAUGAGAUUCGAAGGAAUUAAUGGUUAUAUGGCGCCUGAGUUUAACGGACUCGCCACACAAGAAUCCGAUAUUUACGCUUUUGGUGUUGUGAUUUUAGAGUUGUUAUCAGGUGAAGAGCCGGUGAAGUAUAAGUAUGAUAAGGAGAGUGGGAAUCAUUUGAAAAUUUUGAUUGUUGAGAGUGCGAGAAAUGUGGUGAAAGAUGAAGGGAGGUUGAGGCGGUGGGUGGAUAGAAGGUUGAAGGAUUCUUUUCCGGUGGUGGUGGCCGAGAAGUUGACCCGAAUUGCGUUGAAUUGUGUGGACGAGGAUCCGAAUAAAAGGCCUAACAUGAGCCGUGUGGCGGGUAAGGUUUCCAAAUUGUAUUUGGAUUCAAGAAAAUGGGCAGAUACUAUUCAGGCUCCAACUGACUUUACGACUUCUUACGCCCCAAGGUGAAAGGUGAUGGUUUUGUUCCUCCCACUACUAAUUUUAGGAUCCUGUUCACAUUGGGUUUGUUUAAGUAUAUCUAAACUGACUGAUGAUAGGCUUAUUUAAAUAUGUUUAAACUAAUGCUAGGUUGUUAACUUACUUAAUCAAAGAUUAUUCUAUUGUAGGUUUACUUUUUCAAGUAAAUUAUUGUAUUGAUGUCCCCAUAGAAUCAUAUACAAUUACAACUCUUAAGAUUUAUGCUUCAAGUGUAAACAAACACAACAAUUAUACAAAAUGUAAAACUGUAAAUCUUAUUAUACAAUCAGAGCAACUAUUUGAUCAAGUUCUUUCAUGUAUAAUGUUGAUAGCACAUCUUUUUCAUAUUAAUACUUUGGUGUGUUAAAAGAAAUUGCGGUUUGUUUCAAUCGGUUUCAGUCUUUCAGACGACUAUAUAAAAAUCAAGACAGAGACAGAAGAAUCCGAAAUGCUACGUAGUGUAUGGGAAUCAUAAAGUAUCAAUGGCUGCUUUUGUAGAGAAAAUGAGAAAUGGUAAUAAAACAGAACAAGCUAUUAUAUGUAAUAGGUAGAACGUUAAUACAGAAAUCAUCCAUUAAUUGAAAUGUUUAAUCAGUCAACCUGAUCAGGUUUAGUGGAUUACAAUCAGAAUUAUAAUUAAACCAAACCAUGUGGUUAACCAACUAAAGUUACUAUCUAUCAAGUUUGGAUAUUCUGUGGUUAAUAAUCGGUAUCUAACUGUACUUGACCGAAAACAGACCUAUGCAGUGUGGUGAAAGGCCAAAAUGGUAAUAGUGAUCUUUAAUCUAAAAUCUUAUAGUAUUUUGAAAGGUUGGAACAAGAAAGGAUCAGGUUGAUGCCUGCAGUGACAAGAUGUAUCUGAAGAGGCACUUGACACAGUUUUAGACUCCUGGAUAUUCCUUCCUCUGUUCAAGUUUCCUUGGAUAAGGAUGAAUCACUGAGAGCUCCCUUACCCGGCAUAAGAUAUCUUCUGCAUGAUCUUAGAAGAGUUCGCCACUUAUCCUGAAAAUGUCCAUAAACAUGAAUCAGAUUCUGUAACUUCACAACUGAAAUGACAACACAAACCUACCUUUAAACCUGAUGCUGUCCGAUGCGGACUUCCUGAGAAAAACUGUCUUUUCAUCAUCGUCCAUCUCCCGACACCACAUUCAGAGACUCCCUUAAUCAAAGUUAAAACUUCAGGAAGCGACCACAACUUAUGUUUUUUCCAUUUUAUUCUUUCAGACUCGGUUCUAUCACUGAAAUCAUCAUGCAACUCAUUUUGAUUCAUUGAUUUGCCUCCAAACCUCCUAGUCUUAUGCCACCCUUUUCUCUCAUCUAAGAGACUAUUCUCACCUUUCAAAUUUGACGAGUUGUAUACAAGAUUACUGACCUCCGAAUAGGGUUUCAAUUUAUCAUAAUUUGCAGGUUUCCUUCUUUUCACAUUUC